CGUUGUGAUGUGCGUGUUUGUUUCUGUCGUCGACGGAGGCAAGAUACUUGUCAAGACAUGGGCCGGUCCCGCCCGAUCGAGUCACAACUUCAUCAUGGAGAAGGUGGUGCGGGUCCUCGCGCGGGACGGCCAUGACGUCACUUACUUGCGAGGCGAGUCAGCAGACAUUUAACGCAUCGCUCUCUACUAAGACGAACGCAAUGAGACGCUGGUAUCUGCUGAAAUUUGGCAAGUGGUUAUCAAUGUUUACGGCGAUUAGCGCGUACAACGAGAAGCGUUUCUGCGACCAGAUAGUUAUGGAACCCGGUCUGCUCGGGAAAAUCAAAGAUGGCGGCUUUGAUUACGUCAUCAUCGAUCACGUGGACGCGUGCGGCCGGCUGUUGGCAAACUACGUUGGAAAGCCAUUUGCUAUUGUGCAUUCCUUCCCAACGAACACAAUACUCUAUGGAGAAGGUGGCUCACCGCUCGUGCUUUCCUACACUCCGACACACGGCAUGUAUCGUACGACGCACUUCAGCGACAAGAUGACGUUUCUAGAAAGUGUGCACAACGUGUUGCAUUACGUCAUUCAUAAAGUGCUUGUCCACGUGACACUUGAGAGAACGAUGAACGCAUUCGGCUGGUCGCACGGACUGCUACAGUCGCACGAGAGAUACGAACGAAUUACAGACAGGGCAGCGCUAGUGCUUUUCUCUAGCAACCCUGCGUUCGACCAUCCACGCCCUACGAUGCCCCACGUCCAGCAUACUGGUGGUCAGCUCUGCCAGCCGUUAAAAGCGCUGCCUCAGAAACUGGAUGAUUUGCUAGCGAGGACUAAUAGAAAAGUGAUAUACAUGUCAUUCGGUACUCUCCUGCACGGACCGGGCGGUUUGAACGAGAACCAGCGUUUUAAGACUGCGCUUCUAGGUGCUGUCUCUAAUCUACCGUACCUAUUCAUUAUCGCUAACUUCAACAUGACCGGACUUCCAACAAACGUUGUCACAUUGGAAUGGGCACCGCAGAAUGAUCUACUAGGUCAUAGCAAGGUAGCUUCUUUUAUCACACACGGUGGAAUUAAUGGAUUAUGGCAGGCGAUUUGCCACGCCACCCCUGUCGUUGUCAUGCCGAUCUUUGCCGACCAGUUUCGAAACGCGCACAUGGCUCAAGAGAGAGGAAUCGGCGAGAUGAUUGAUUUCCAUACUAUAACAACAGAAAGCCUACAAUCCGCCCUUAGGCGUGUUGUCGAGAAUGACGCAUAUGCAGCACGCGUGCGUCAGCUUUCGAAACUGUAUCAUCACAGCCUGCCGAUGUCUCCUGAUGAGACCGUGUCAUUCUGGGUGAAUUACACGAUGCUCUAUGCCGACCAGCAAGCUCCUGCCUACACUGAACUGAACUUCCUACAAUAUUGGCUCAUAGAUGUUAUUGCUUGUCUGCUCGUAAUUGCGGCAUUCUUUGCGUGGCUAACUUACGUAGUUCUCAUUGCAAGCAUAUCUAUAAGCACUCGUGUCAUUCGUCGAUGCUGCAGACGUUCUAUCAGAAACAUUAUAAGCGCGUAGUUACAUUGCUGUGCAAUUAGGUAUAUACCUUUACAAAUCCUAUAUGGAGAUAUAAAAAGUAGAACGACAAUAAACAAAACAGCACUUUAAUUGCUUUUUCCUGGGCAGGAUGUGACGGGAAAGAAGUUAUUUCUACUAAUUUCACUAAUAUCUGAACUGAUUUUAAUGUUACAUACGUCGCGCAAAUGAGCAAAACCGGAAGCUCGUGGCUAACACAUUAUAUAGCAUAGAGAGGCGUUCGUAAAAGUGAUUAAUCUGUUUACUCUUACUAUAUUAUUUUAUCACUAGGUACAUUAAGGGCUAAAAUUCUUGACGGGAGUUGGGCAGCGG